AUGACGUCUUCAAUGAUCCCUGUGGAUCCCGACAAGCGGGACGACAUAUACUACCGUUACAAAAUGCCUGCCAUUCAAACAAAGGUAGAAGGCAGUGGUAACGGUAUCAAGACUGUCUUUCCGAAUAUCCACGACGUUUGCCUCGCCAUCAACAGGCCAGAAGAAGUCCUGAUGAAGUAUUUCCAGUCAGAGUUUGGUGCUCAGCGCACGGUGUCUGAAAAGGACGACAAAUUUCUUAUUAUGGGAAGUCAUACAGAGGAACGUGUACAGGAAAAAGUAUAUGACUUUAUCCGCCAGUUUGUCCUAUGCAGGAGCUGCCGUAACCCCGAAACUCAGCUCUCUGUGGAGCGCAACAAGAAGGGUGCCCCCCAGGUUAGCAUGUCGUGCGGAGCGUGCGGUAAGUCGAUGAAGUUGGAAGACCUUGGAGCGCGCUACGUCACUGCUCUCGCUACUCACUUCGCCAAAAACCCACAGGCAGCACUACGGAAAGGCGCAGGUACGGCGGAGGCUCGUAAGAAGGAUAAGGCCCAACAGGAGGAGGCGGCGGCUGCUGCAGCAGCAAAGUUGGCGGUUCCUGUGGAGAAACACGUGAUUAUGAAAUCAGACCUACAGGAUACACGUGAGGCGCCGCAAGAAGUGCUUGCACGCUUCAUGAGACAAUGUGAAGGUGACUACGAAGAGAUUCUGCGUCACUCCAUGGAACUUAUGUCAACCUACAACUUGAAGGACAAAAUGGGGCCGCUACUCGUUCUGAAUGCCAUUGUAAUUGCCGAAAAGGAGUUCAUGGCUGGUUUACGACGCCAUACGGCACUGCUGAAGCGCUUUUCAACCCUUCCAGACUCUGUACUGUACGACGCUUCGGCGGAUGAGACGACAAAGACGGAGCGACAAAAGCGGAAGAUGCAGCUACAGGUUGCUGCUAUGGAGGAGUGCGCCCGCAUAUGCGUGCAGCACCUCAAGCCUGAGCAGCUUGUGGUUGCGUUAUUUGUUCUUUUCAUUGAAGGCGUUCUCGAGGGUGAAUCGAUUAAGAACUGGCAUAACGAAGGAAAACCCCCGUCAAAGGUCGACCCAGCGGUAUACGCCGAGAUGAGGGAAGCGGUGGAGCCACUUGUCGUGUGGUUGGAUGGGAACAAGUGUGUCGCAGCGUGA